AUGAAAGACACGAAAACGGAGAGACUGAAAAGCAACAACAUUGUUGUCGAAUCGGGAAUUGGUUAUCUUUUAAACCGACUCUAGAACUCCGCCCAUUUCUCAUCUUUUGUCUCGCUCGCAAGACACAAAAUUCCUCGAACCCCCACUUUUUGUGACGUGGAAGAUAUAUCACUGUGUCGCUCAUUACACUCAGAACGUCUCUUUCGAACAGUGUAUUCAUCAAUCACACCAUUUUUUUCGUCCCUGAAAGAGACAAAGUGUUAUUACAACGAUCUCUUUUUUGCAGGAGUUUGUGGCGUUAUCUGGGCCGUUGUUUGGUUCUGUGUCACCUUCGAGAAGCCCGCUUUCCAUCCGACCAUUUCACAAGAAGAAAAGAUUUUCAUCGAAGAUGCCAUUGGACACGUCUCGAAUACACAUCCAACUGUAAUGAUCCGGUUGGACUAACUAUUCUGAUUUUUCAUUUAUUCCAGAUCCGUUCGAUUCCAUGGAAGGCCAUCGUCACCUCGAAGCCUGUAUGGGCUAUUAUCGGUUUGUUCGAAGGAGUCAACAUAAAACAAAUUGAAUGUUUCAGUGGCAAACUUUGCGCGCAGUUGGACCUUCUACCUGCUGCUCCAGAAUCAGUUAACGUACAUGAAAGAAGCACUCGGAAUGAAGAUUGCGGACGUGAGCGUUGAGAAGUCGUAAUCAACCGGAAAUCCGUUUUACAGUCUGGCCUUCUGGCUGCAAUUCCCCAUUUGGUCAUGGGAUGCAUCGUUCUCAUGGGCGGCCAACUUGCUGAUUACCUCCGUUCCAACAAGAUCCUCUCCACUACGGCCGUCCGGAAGAUAUUUAAUUGCGGAGGAUUCGGAGGAGAAGCCGCGUUCAUGCUGAUCGUCGCCUACACAACCAGCGACACCACCGCCAUAAUGGCCCUCAUCGCCGCCGUCGGAAUGUCCGGAUUCGCCAUCUCCGGCUUCAACGUGAACCAUUUGGACAUCGCUCCCCGGUACGCGGCCAUCCUCAUGGGCUUCUCCAACGGCAUCGGAACCCUCGCCGGUCUCACGUGUCCUUUCGUCACCGAGGCGUUCACUGCUCAUUCGAAGCACGGAUGGACGAGUGUCUUCCUGCUCGCCAGUUUGAUUCACUUCACCGGAGUCACUUUCUACGCCGUCUACGCGUCGGGAGAACUUCAGGAGUGGGCGGAGCCGAAGGAUGAAGACGAGUGGGCGAACAAGGAGUUGGUGAAUAAGACAGGCAUAAACGGGACUGGGUACGGGGCCGCCGAGACGACGUUCACGACCCUUCCGGCCGGAAUCGAGAGUUCGUAUCAGACACAGCAAGUGCCCGCCCCGACAGGUAUCAAGUUAUUAUAAUACCCUUCUGAAACGGACAUUCUCUUCUUUCAGCACCCGCAACGAAUCCUUUCGCGACCGCUUGGGACGAACACGGCUCGUCCGGCGGCGUCGUCGAAAACCCUCAUUACCAACAGUGGUAG